GGGAGGGUUCCUCUUGCCCUGCAUGGGUCUGUCGUGCUAUCUUUUCUCUCGGCUCCCGUUUUGUGUGUUGGGGGGAUGGGGCCGUGCCGAGGAUGAGAGACUCCAAAUAUUUACCACUUGGCUAACUAAAUAUCUUUUUUUCCGUACUGAGCUUCACCCUUCGCUCUUGUACAUACACAUACUUCUCGACCACGCAUGAGUUUAGGUGGGAUUUGGCCUAAUUGGAGUGGAGUAUCUGUACGUCCACGACACGCUUAAAAGUCGACAAAAUGUAUUCCUCUGCUGGAGCCACCGAGAUGCAAGAGGGACCCCCCCGUUCCUCUGGGUCAACAGGCUCUGACCCGCCAUCCUCCCCAGUGCCAGAAUAUGUGUUCAAGCCACCAUCACGGCCGGACUUUGGCACCAUGGGAAGGACAAUCAAGCUCCAGGCCAACUUCUUUGAGAUGGAAAUCCCCAAACUGGAGGUCUACCAUUAUGACAUCGACAUCAAGCCUGAGAAAUGUCCCAGGAGGGUCAACCGUGAAAUAGUGGAGCACAUGGUCCAGCACUUUAAAACACAGAUCUUUGGAGAUCGAAAGCCAGUGUACGACGGGAGGAAGAAUCUCUACACUGCCAUGCCCUUGCCCAUAGGCAGAGACAAAGUGGAGCUUGAGGUUACCAUUCCUGGUGAAGGCAAAGACCGCAGCUUUAAAGUUUCAAUCAAGUGGGUGUCCUGCGUUAGCCUGCAAGCGCUGCACGAGGCUCUAGCAGGGCGGCUACCCAGCGUCCCCUUUGAGACCGUCCAAGCCUUGGAUGUGGUCAUGAGACAUUUGCCCUCUAUGAGGUAUACGCCGGUGGGCCGCUCUUUCUUCACGCCCUCAGAGGGAUGUUCGAACCCCCUCGGUGGUGGCAGAGAGGUGUGGUUUGGCUUCCACCAGUCUGUCAGGCCUUCCCUUUGGAAAAUGAUGCUCAACAUCGAUGUUUCUGCCACUGCGUUCUACAAAGCCCAGCCUGUAAUCGAGUUCAUGUGUGAGGUCUUGGAUUUCAAAAGCAUUGAAGAACAACAGAAGCCCUUAACAGACUCCCAACGAGUGAAAUUUACAAAGGAAAUCAAAGGCCUGAAAGUGGAGAUCACUCACUGUGGGCAGAUGAAGAGGAAGUACAGAGUGUGCAACGUGACCAGAAGACCAGCAAGCCACCAGACGUUCCCCCUGCAGCAGGAAAACGGCCAAACUAUUGAAUGCACAGUAGCACAGUACUUUAAAGACAAGUACAAGCUCAUCCUGAGAUACCCCCACCUCCCGUGUCUACAGGUGGGGCAGGAGCAGAAGCACACCUACCUCCCUCUAGAGGUGUGUAACAUAGUGGCAGGACAGCGUUGCAUCAAAAAGCUGACAGACAAUCAGACCUCCACUAUGAUCCGUGCCACAGCCCGAUCUGCACCUGACCGUCAGGACGAGAUUAGUAAAUUGAUGAGAAGUGCCAACUUCAACACUGACCCUUACGUUCGUGAGUUUGGAGUGAUGGUGAGGGAUGAGAUGACGGAAGUGAAUGGCCGUGUCCUACAAGCACCUUCCAUUCUGUAUGGAGGCAGGAACAAAGCAAUAGCCACACCGAUCCAGGGAGUAUGGGACAUGAGGAACAAGCAGUUCCACACUGGCAUUGAGAUCAAAGUGUGGGCCAUCGCCUGCUUUGCACCACAGAGGCAGUGCACUGAACUCCUGCUGAAAGCAUUUACGGAUCAGCUGAGGAAGAUUUCCAGGGAUGCAGGGAUGCCCAUCCAGGGCCAGCCUUGCUUCUGUAAAUACGCCCAGGGAGCGGACAGCGUGGAGCCCAUGUUCAGGCACCUCAAGUACACCUACCAGGGCCUCCAGCUGGUGGUUGUCAUCCUGCCGGGAAAGACGCCCGUCUACGCUGAGGUGAAACGUGUUGGGGACACGGUACUUGGCAUGGCCACGCAGUGUGUUCAGGUGAAGAACGUUCAAAAGACAACACCUCAGACUCUCUCCAACCUCUGUCUGAAGAUCAACGUCAAGCUGGGAGGUGUCAAUAACAUCCUCCUACCGCAGGGCAGGCCGUUGGUCUUCCAGCAGCCGGUGAUCUUCCUCGGUGCAGAUGUGACUCAUCCUCCUGCAGGAGAUGGAAAGAAGCCUUCCAUUGCUGCCGUUGUUGGUAGUAUGGAUGCCCAUCCCAGCAGAUACUGUGCCACAGUGCGGGUGCAGCAGCAUAGGCAGGACAUCAUCCAGGACCUGGCCACCAUGGUGAGGGAGCUGCUCAUCCAAUUCUACAAGUCCACUCGCUUCAAGCCCACCAGAAUAAUCUACUACCGCGAUGGCAUCUCUGAGGGCCAGUUCAACCAGGUCCUUCAGCACGAGCUGCUGGCGAUCCGAGAGGCCUGCAUCAAACUAGAGAAAGACUACCAGCCUGGUAUCACCUUUGUGGUCGUGCAGAAGAGACACCACACCAGACUGUUCUGUAUGGACAGAAACGAGAGGGUUGGGAAGAGUGGCAACAUUCCUGCAGGCACCACAGUGGACACCAAAAUCACUCACCCAUCAGAAUUUGACUUCUACCUUUGCAGUCACGCUGGCAUUCAGGGUACCAGCAGGCCGUCUCAUUACCAUGUGCUCUGGGACGACAACCACUUCUCUUCAGAUGAACUGCAGGUCCUCACCUAUCAGCUGUGCCACACCUAUGUGCGCUGCACCCGGUCAGUUUCCAUCCCAGCACCAGCUUACUACGCCCAUUUGGUGGCCUUCCGGGCUCGCUAUCACUUGGUGGACAAAGAGCAUGACAGUGCCGAGGGCAGUCAUACGUCAGGCCAGAGUAACGGGCGUGACCAACAGGCCUUGGCCAAGGCCGUGCAGAUCCACCAGGACACCCUGCGCACCAUGUACUUUGCCUGAGAGCACACAACCCCAGGUUGGCGUGGGUGAGACCCCACUGAUGGAACACACUACCCCUCGCUGUCUCACUGUCAGCUGUAGAUAGCGCAACAGUGGUUUCACUUAGUGAUCUCCCUACCUAACAGACCUGUCAGUUACGCAUACGCCUACAAUUGUACUUCAGCCCAUAACCCAAACAAAUCAAGCCAGCUAUUAGACUGUAAGAUGCAAAAGUACCCCUCUUUCUCGGGGUUUGCGCUGGAAGAGGUUUUAUGUUCAUGUUAUGUACAUUAGUGUGUGUUUUGUAUUUGUCAUAGAGAAACAUGUUGCAAAGAAUGAAAGGAAAAGGAAAUGUUUGGAAGGUUAGAAGACAUUUCUAAACUAAUGGGCGGUAUUAUUAUACAUUUGGGCGAUUUAUAAUUAAGAAAACAAUUACCCUCCUUCUCCUGUUUGCAUUGUUUGUUAGGCUCUGUGUGCUUGAAAGGAGAAGGAUCAAAUUCAUCAAAAGAUUAUGGGGCCUGUUCACUGUUUAUAUGCCUAAAGAUUUGCUCCUCCGACUAACAUUAUUUAUCAGCCAAUCAAAGCAAAGUGCACUGUCCAGAAUGGGUACUUCAAUCAGGACAAAAGUACUUAGUUUAUUGAGGGUUGUGUGUGAUUUUUCACAUAGGGCACUAUGUGUUGAAAUGUGCCAUUUGAGACCAUCUUUCUGUUGUCAUUUCUGUGUAAAACUAUGAAUUAUUAGACCCACAUCUGCUGGGUUUUUUAGUAUUUGUCCUUGAUUGACAGUGAUGACCAUUUAAUGCCAAAUCUGGUGACAAUUUACUAAAGGAUUCUUUGCAUCAGAUUUGUAACCAACCCUUGAACCAACACUUACUUUAUUCCAGAUGAGGGCCGUUAGUGUCCCGAUAGAAAUUGAAAGAACAUCAAUUGUGUCCUCCUCUGCCUCUCUUGUUAGUCUGAACUGAAAUGGAUUCAACAGUAACCCUAUUUUCAUGCCGAGACGUAGUCUUUUGGGACCGGUUCCCAACAAGGACACCUUUCUAAUGUAGU